AUCUCACGAUAUGUUUAACUUUCUGCUUAUCAGAUUCUCUUUUCAAAUUGUGAAGUUUGGCAACAUGAAGGGAAGUUUGUUUCCCAACUCUAUUAUUAUGAAAAUUUCCCUAGAUUUCAAACAGCUUGUCAUGAUUGAACAUCAGACCCAUUUGAAUGUACUAGAUAAAACUUAAGAGUGCGACCUGAGAAUUGUUGUGUUCAUUGAUUCUGCUUUUCAUUAUAUUGGUUUGUAUAGCCUCUUAGGUGAGAAAGUAGGCGUUUUGAGCUUUUUGAAGGAUAUAUCUCAUUGCAAUGUGUUAGUGUUUGGACCAGAGAACACACAGUGGGAACCAGGAUAUGACAUGUGGUUGGUAUUAUUAUCAAAAUGACUUUGUGACCAAGGCAGGUUCCUGUAAGGCUGUAAGUGUCAUGGACAACUAGGUUCCAUUUAAGAAUAUUCUUUGUGGGUGGCGCAACUCCAAAUUUCCUUUUUGUUGUCAUUUUUUUUUUCCCUAUUGUUUCUACUUAUCAUAAAGACUUGGCCUUCUUGUCAUAAUGGUUACAUAACCAUUGUGCAUUUUUAAGGUGGAAUAUAUGUGAGUUACUGCCGUUAAAUACUGGUAUUUUACAUGUAAAAACCGGAACGAACACUUCCUCUAUGUUGGCAAAGGAAGUUAGUCUUUAGCUAUUGCGGGAAUAAAAUGAUUUUGAAUUU